AUGGGGCAACAGACACCUUUCUAUAACCUGCCCAAACUCUCCUAUGAAGAUAUUGGUUUUGUAUACCCUGAAAGCCAAGGAGAGGGCGUCAAAGUGUACAUUAUUGAUACAGGGAUUUAUGUAGAUCAUCCAGACUUUGAAGGAAGAGCAUCAUUUGGAGUUGACCUCACUGGAGAAGGCUACGAAGAUUUUGAAGGGCAUGGAACCCACGUAGCAGGAAUCGUAAGCUCUAAAACAUACGGCGUUGCUAAAAAAGCAGAAACAAGAGCUGUCAAAAUUUUAAAGGCCGAUGGCUCUGGGACAACAUCAGCACUCAUUGAGGCAUUUCAUUGGGUAAUACAAGAAGUUUUGCGUGAGAAAACCGAAACAGGUUUAUAG